AUGGUCAAGGAGUCGCUCGAGGAGCUGGCGCACCCGCAGUACUGGGACAAGCGGUACGCCGAGAAGCAAGAGGAGAAGUUUGACUGGCUGCGGACGUUCGCGACGGUGCGGCCGUUCCUGGAAAAGCACCUGCCAGCGCCGACGCACGAGGGGCCGAAGCUAGUGCAGCUGGGCUGCGGGAACAGUACUCUGUCCAAGGACAUGUACGACGUGGGCUACACGCACCAGACCAACGUCGACUUCUCGGACGUCGUCAUCGCCGACAUGCGCGCUAAGCAUCCCGAGAUGCAGUGGCUGGUCAUGGAUGUCCGUGACCUCAAGUUCCCGGCUGACCAUUUCGAUGUCGCGGUCGAUAAGGCCACGCUGGAUGCUAUGCUGUACGGCUCACUGUGGGACCCGCCCGACGAGGUUCGCGCGAAUGUCAAGGCGUAUGUGGACGAGGUCGCCCGCGUGCUCAAGCCUGGUUGCAAGUGGCUGUAUAUCACGUGGCGGCAGCCGCACUUCAUUAAGCCUCUGCUGCAACGGCCGGGCGUGUGGACGCUGGAGGCGGAGACGCUGGCGAACGAGCCUGGUGGCGGGGGCAUGUUUGAGUAUUUUGGGUUUGUUAUGACGAAAGAAAAGGCGUCGUCAUGA